UGACACUGUCGUGACCUAGCGCCUCGUAACGCCAGUGUGACGCUGCGGGUGAGCCGAUGCACUGCAGCAGUGCGUGACACUGUCGUGACAUUGCGCCUCGUAACGCUAGUGUUGCGCUGUGAGUGUGAAUCAGUGUGCCACAGCAGUGCACCGCACUGGCGUGACAAAGCAUCUCGUAACGCCAGUGAUACGCUUCGAGUGUGACCCAAUGCACUGCGCCAGUGAGUGACACUGACGUGACACGUGACAUAGCUCCACGUAAAACCAGUGUAACGCUGCGAGUGUGACACAGUGCACCGCAGCAGUUCGUCACACUAACGUGACACAGCAUCAUGUCAUACAACUGAGCGAUGAGCGACGAGAAGACGUGCGAGGCAUUCCCCAGGUCAUGAGCAUGCAGUAAGGGCCACGUCGUCAUGGAGCUCGUGGUGAUCCGGGGUGGGCCCGGCGGCGGCCCCCCGGGGGCUGCCAACCCCGGCGGCCCCGGCGGCGGCCCCGGCGGUGGCUCUGGCGGUGGCCCCGGCCCCGGCGGCGGGGGUCCCGCCCCCUUGGCCACAGCGUCGUCGGCGUCCUCUGCGGACCACGGCAGCGGCGGCGGCGGAGUCGUCGAGCACGUCUCGGGCCCGGCGCCAGCCUCCCCCGCCAGCAUCGCCUCCGCGGCCCAGCAGCUCGACGACGGCUACGGCUCCUCCAACAGCUCGCCGCACAGCUCGGGCAUGAUCUCGACGGCGUGCGGCGGCGUGCCGAGGCACAAGGGCUCGUCCACGCCGCUGCACAAGCCGUCCCUCGCCGCCGUCGUCAACAUCCGGGAGAACCUGGCCUCGAUGGGGUCCAUGGGUCCCGGGCCGACCGGAGGCCGCCUGCCCUCCAGCGCCGCGUCGUCGGGCGUCUACGCGCCGGCGCCCGCCCACCCGGCGGCAGCCUCUCUGUCGCCCACCGUUAAGAAGGACGUUCAGGUGGAGGUGGCCGACAAGGGCUACAAGUCGUACGUCGUGCCUUCACCCUCCCCGGACGAGCUGACGGGCUCCGAGGACAGUGCAGACACGGCGGCCGAGGACGACGCCAUCCUCGACACCUCCGCGUCGGCGUCCGCCGCGCCUGUCUGUGCGAGCGGUGGCGCUGGCGGUGGCGGAGGGAGCGCCCCGCGAAAGAAGCGGAAGAAGCACAAGAAGGCCCGCAAGGACGUCAUCGUGGCCUGCGUGCAGCCCCCCGCGGUGGACCCCGAGCGGGAGACCUGGGGCAGAAACGCCGACUUCCUCCUGUCCAUCAUCGGCUUCGCCGUGGACCUCGCCAACGUCUGGCGCUUCCCCUACCUCUGCUACCGGAACGGCGGUGGCGCGUUCCUGGUACCCUACACCCUCAUGCUGGUGUUCGGCGCCGUGCCGCUUUUCUACAUGGAGCUCAUCCUGGGACAGUUUAACCGUCAGGGGCCCAUCAGCGUGUGGAGGGUGUGUCCUCUCUUCAAGGGCGUGGGAUUCUGCGCCGUGAUGGUGGCCUUCUACGUGUCGUUCUACUACAACGUCAUCAUCGGCUGGGCGCUCUACUUCAUGGUGGCCAGCGCCGCGGCCGAGCUGCCCUGGCUGCACUGCAACAACACCUGGAACACGGAGUGGUGCUGGGAGUCCACCAACCUGCUGGCAAGCAACGCCACGAACCUCACCGGGCUGGCCGCGACCGCCUCUUCCGUCCUGUCUAACAUCACAACAUCAAGGUUGCACCACUCGCCGGCCGCCGAGUACUUCCACCGCGGGGUGCUGGAGAUGCAGUGGUCCGAGGGCCUGCACGACAUGGGCACGCCCAAGUGGCAGCUCGUCAUCUGCCUUGGCCUCGUGUACUGCAUGCUCUACCUGUCGCUCUUCAAGGGCGUCAAGUCCUCGGGCCUGGUGGUGUGGGUCACCGCCACCAUGCCGUACGUCGUGCUCACCAUCCUCCUCAUCCGCGGCCUCAUGCUGCCCGGGGCGCUCACCGGCAUCCAGUACUACCUGCAGCCCGAGCUGGCUCGCCUGCAGGACACCCAGGUCAGUUCCAGUCCAGUCAGUCCGAGUCGGCCCGAGGACGGGCGGCGAGGAUUUAGCCCCCACCCCCCUUUCCCUUCUCUCCCUCCCAAAUACGGAUCGCCUUCCUGACGACA